GGUGCGGAGAGGCCCGAUGACUGUGCCAGGUUCACCACCAGGGUGGAGUCGAGUCGAACUUACGCCCCGGCACGUGGACGGGGGUUUGCACAGCUGGCAAGAAUCGGAAUGAUAGCGGGCCCGACAGUCGUCAGACUGAUUUUGACACACACACACUGGAUUGGGAUACAGAUCGGCGUUGAGCUCAGUCGGAGCUGCGCGGUUGGGUGGGUGACGUGCCGAUUGCUCCGUGAUAGCUGACCUCGCCACGCGGCUUCUUUUCGAUCUUUUAAUCGCUGCACGAGAUCGCCGUCGAUUGAUUGAUUAGUAGGAUUAAUACAGAUUGGCGAAAACGUGGGAUAUGCAGAUCUCCCACGUCUUCGCCAAGGUCGUUGGAGGUGCACGUGUUGCGAAGGACCGACCUCCUAGGAAAACUCCGGGGAGUUUUUUGAACCGGCGACCGGUCGUGCAGUUGCGAUGGGCAAUGCAAAUUGCGUGAUAAGAAAUCAGACGGGCUAUCCGAUCAUUGUGAGGACGUACAACCACUUUGACGUCGUGAAUGUGGUUCCUUAUGGCGCGUGGCUGAUCGACGAUGGAGAUGAACGCACGGUGGCGGCCAUGCCCGAUCAUCGGGGCUUGAAGGUGAGCGUGGAGGGUAAUGGGGUGAUAAUCCCUGCCGGCGUGGCCAUCCAGGGGGAUAAAGUGACUGUCACCGAUCUGACGGGAGGGGCGCCUGUCAGCCAGGCUGUCACACCUGGGAUGUCUCAUUGCAUCGUGCGGAACGACAGCCCUUCUGCAAUCAUGGUGAAGACGUACAUACACGGAGAGAUUUUGAACUUGAUUGCUGCUGCCACGUUCUUAGUAGAGGUCGGCACGGCGAAAAGAAUUGAGUGCCUCUAUAGUUCUAGAGGAAUAAAGCUUAAAGGGGAGAAUGGAAAAGGGGUCUCCUCCGCUGUGCGCCUCGUGGCCAACGGGGAGACCCUUGUUGUAUCCGGUCCUAUAGUCGACGGCAAGCCGCUAGGAGAUUGAAUUGGGAAAAAAAAAAGAAAAAAAAAAAAAAAAAAAAAAAAAAAAAAAAAAAAAAAAAAAAAGAGAGCUUGCGAGAGGACUGAUCGACUGGUACGGUCUUUUUUUUUGAUGUGUUGGUUAUCUUCCCCGUUUCGCGUAUUGCAUAAUUUAUUUAAUAAAUUUAUUGUGCUUGACUGGUGAUGAGAUGUCUCGCACGUAAACAGGCUCACGUACUUUUUGUAAGGGACGCCAGGCCCGUUUCCUGGCCUUUUGUAAUUUUAGUAAUAAAUUAAAUUAUUACAG